UGCUUUCACCUACCUUAAUCAGCCCGUCGGGUGAUAAGACCAGUUUCUGGGGGAUUGUCGCGAAGUGCGACGGGGCUCGAAAUCUACCAAUAUCGAGGAUCUCAAGUGAUCGUCAAUCCACCAACCUCCUCCAUGGCCUCGGCAUCUAUGCACUCCGUCGGUCGAGGCAACGACCCAAUAUCCAGUCCCUGCAAGUAUCACAAGCGAGCUGACAACGGACCUGGGCAUGUUCUCUCCGCCUCCUAUCACAACACAAGAGUGGGUAGAAAAUUUAAGUCUGCCUCUAGGAGAAUUACCGUCAAAUGAUAUUCUCUCAGUGGGGCCUGUCACAUUUCAUCCGUUGAUGCAGGCACAUUCGCGGAAGCUCGUCAGGAUGCAGAGGUAUUACAUGCAUUUUUUCACUCUGAACGAAGCCAGUAACAGGAUAAAUUGCCGCCUUCAGUAUCCCAACGGCGAACAGUGUGCAGCCUCGUACGCCAUUGAGUCGACAACUCAAAAUUUGGAAGGACACCUGCGAGGCAAACAUAUGGAGGUAAGCCAAGCAAUUGACCUCUUUCGGACCUAUCAAAUGGAUCACCGGGAGCGAUUGCAACAGCUCAACAACACCGAUACUGGCAACAGCGACGGCAAUACCAAUGCGGGAACUCCGAGGCGUAAAGGAAGGACGAUUUCAAAAGGAAAAUUGAAAAGAAAGGCUUUCAGGCCACUUUCAAGUGUCAAAUUGCUCGGCAUGUCGGCCGAAAAAACGCAGGAGCUCUCCCUCCUCGCCUUGGCGCUCGCAGUAUCUUAAGUGCCGCUCACGUUUCUCAAGAACCCCUACUCCAAGAAAUUCGUGAGUGAACUGAACUCGGAUUACAAGGUGCCGGGGCUUGGUCUAAUUCAGAAGGUAUUGGACGACUAUGUUGCAAGAAAGACGAAGCAAGUACGGACAGUCUUAGAGAACGUCAGUUAUGAGUCCUUGACAGCUGAUACCUGGACCGGGAAGGGCUCUCGUAAGAUUCUCGGCAUUACCUUCCACUACGUGGAUGAAUUAUUCAAGCUGCGGUCUUUGGUCCUGGGCAUCGAGCCACUUGAAGAAGCUCAGACUGGCGACUAUUUGCGACAGUGUAUGGAGACAAC